AUGGGAAUUAAACAACUUGAAAGGAUGCGCCAACCCCAAUUACAACAACAACAACCACAAUUACAUAAUAACACUUCUUGUUUAGAUGAAUACCCUCCAACAACAAUUACUAAUGGGGGAGAUGUCCAACACCAUGAAAAUGACCCUCAUUUUAAUUUUGGAUACAAACAACCACCACCGCCAACAACAAAUUCAUCAUCAUUUACACGACCUUUAUCAAGACAAAGUGCAAGUACUUCAUUACUUAGUGUUGAUUCUUCUUUACCCACCAAAACCAAACGAAAUAGAUUUAAACAAUUAUUUAGGCGUAAAUCUAAAAUUCAAAAUUGAAAUUUUCUGUAGCGGCAAGAGGUUAUGUUUGCUUUUAAAAACAAA